GACCGCGUGCGGGCCGCGCUCCGGGCGAUGCGCGGGCAGUGGGAAGACUCCAGCGGGACGCUGUACGACGUGGAGGGCGCAGAGGCGACGAGAUCGGAUGGCAGGGUCUUUCCUCUCGGCAACUUCCUGUCCGAGGGCAUCAUAGCGUGGGGGAACUCAG